CAGCAUCUCACAGAGGUGAAGGAAGCUACAACUCAAAGAUGGUUAAACUCCAAGUUCUCAUCAGUAUGGAGCUCGAAGGCGUGACGGACGUGCAGCCGGCAGAAGAGGAUUAUGAAUACUUCUUCAACGUGACGUGCGGAUCAUGUCGCGAGCCCCAUCCGAAAGUCAUCUCAUUGAACCAAACGGAAGAGCAUGAGAUAUCCGGUUCGAGAGGUUCAGCACACUUCGUGUGGAGAUGUCAGAAUUGUAAGAAAGAACACUCGGCCUCUUUCGUGCCUCCCACCUCUUCAACUAAAUCGACAGCCCCAUUACCGUUCUCUGAGGAGAAUGGCAAGUUUGCGCCGUUCAUCGCUUUGGACUGUAGAGGUCUGGAAUUCACGAAACUGCAUUUCAGAGGCAAAUGGAAGUGUAAAGGGACAGAAACCGGGACGCCGUUCGAGAUGGAGUUAAAUGAGGAGGAUGAGGAUGGACGAUGGGACGACUACGAUGAGAAGGCAGGGACGCCGGUCGGAAUAUCCGAACUGAAGUGCAAGAUUCAGCGUUUAUGAGAGGAUUGGAGUUCAGUUCGAAGCGAAGUCAAGUAC